UAAAGCUUUUUACUGUACUAUAAAUUGAAAGAUAAGAAAUUUGAUGUGGUAAAGUGUAGAUAGCGUUACUCGGUUUUUGUCUCUUGAGGUAACCAUGUAUGUGUUCUUAUUUUUGAUAACGAUGGUAGGCCUAGUCUCGGCCGCAGAUGACUGUUUCUACACCGCUGUGGACCUUUCUUACAGGCUUAGCCCCUUCUCCACAAACUACUACCCAAAUUUUCUACCCUUUGAGAUAACAAUCGAACUGGUAAAUGUAAUCACAGAUAUCCUGUUCAAUGAAGCCAAGUACAUAGCGGGAGACGAAGGUGGUACUAAGGUCGAGGUCCCGGCCAGGUUUUGUGAUAAAGGUUAUAAAGUUGGUGAAUUGUGCAAGGAUCAGCUGUUUCUGUUGCCAGCCUGUGUGAUCGACCUCACCGAGAAAGCAGCUAUGGACGACAACUAUCAAGCCACUGUCCAGGACGUUGAACAGUGGCAAGCAGUGUUUGGGCCAUUCCCACCGAGGUCAAUUGUCAUUUUCGACUUCGGUUGGUCUCCUAGGUAUCCGGACGUCGACAGAUUCUUUGGACGGCGAGGAAGGUUGGGAACUCAGCUGAACCAUCCUGGAAUCUGUCCAGAUCUGGCUGAUUAUCUCGGCAGGCAUUGUAACGUGUACGCGGUGGGAACGGACGCACCAGACGUGGACUGCGGCCGCAACAACGAGUUGACCACGUCCCCCUCACAGAGGAUACUGGCUAGUCACGGCAAGUACACGGUCACUCAGCUGCAAUUGCGGCGCAGACGUCUACCGACAGUGGGAGCCGUAGUCACCGUCGCCCCCUUCUACAUGGCACAGGCCACGGCGGCGCCCGCUAGAGUCUUCGCCGAGUUCUGUGCUGAUCCCGUGCCCGAGGUGGACUGUCCCGUGCCGCCACCCAAACCCCUGCUUAUCGAGCACGCCACCCCCACCGUCGUAGCUGCCCCCGCGCCUGGACCCGCCAUCACUCCCGGAACAUUAAACCACAUUCAUCAAGGCCCACACGGUGUCAAUCACCCACCACACAAAAUCUUAUGAAACUAAAACUAAAUUUUAUUUUAUAUUUCAAAAACAUUGUAACACAUCUGGUUAAAAAUAGAGACAAAGCAAUCCAUUUUUAAUCAGGGCAGCGUGCCUUGACGGAUAUCGGAUGUAAAACUUGUGUUGACUACAGAAAUCUGAGUUAUAUGUACAUGUCAGGUUUCACGUAUAAACUAUAGUUUUUCUAUCAGCUAGUUUUUAUUAAUAAUUAAGACUUUUUAGUAUCUAUUAUGUAUUUAUUGUACAUAAAUUUUACUACCAAAACAAUCUAUAUCUAUUUUAUUUUAUUUAAUGUUAUUUUUUUACAACUCUGAUAAAUAAAUAAUACAUGCACUACCCUACAGUGUUCCACCUAUCAAUCAUGAAGUGGACAUUGCCUUCAUAUAUAUUAAAUUUUACAAAGAUUA